GAGUGUGUGAACCCAUGCUGUAAUGCCAAUAACUGCACACUGAAGCUUGGAGCACAGUGUGCCCAUGGAGUCUGCUGCAAAACCUGUCAGUUCCAGUCGGCUGGGACUAUCUGCCGAGAUGCUGCUGGCACAUGUGACCUCCCGGAAUACUGCACGGGUGCCUCUCCCUACUGCCCCUCGAAUGUUUACCAUCUGGAUGGUUCAGACUGUGAUGGUAACCGUGGAUACUGCUACACCGGAAUGUGUCACUCUCACCAGUUACAGUGUGAACAGCUCUGGGGCCCAGGUGCCCGGUCUGCCCCUGCUGUUUGUUUUGAGGAGGUGAAUGUAGCCGGGAACGAUUAUGGAAACUGUGGGAAGGAUCCGAGUGGGAACUUUGUGAAGUGCUCGAAGAGUGAUGUCAUGUGCGGAAAAAUACAGUGUCAGAGUUCAGCAAAAAACCCGAAGGAAUGGAACACAGUUCCCAUCGACACCACUGUCCAAGUGGAUGGCAGGGAUGUGAAGUGUCGUGGUACCUUUCUGCACAAGGGGCAACGUGGGCAGGAGGACCUGCCUGAUCCCGGCCUGGUCAGGACUGGCACCAAAUGUGGAGAUGGCAAGGUCUGCCUGGAUAGACACUGUCAGAACGCAUCGAUCCUGGAUGUGAGCAAAUGUUCAGAGAAAUGUCACGGCCACGGGGUCUGUAACAGUAACAGGAACUGUCACUGUGACCCUCGCUGGGCCCCCCCACUCUGUGAUCGAGCCGGACUUGGGGGCAGCAUCGACAGUGGCCCCAUCCUCCCUGAUGACCAGAAAGCUCUGCUGAUUGGGCUGUUAUUCAGCUUCCUGUUACUGAUCCCAGGGAGCCUGCUCUCGGUGUUUUGCUGCUAUAGGCACAGAGCAGCAAUGUGCACUCACUGGCAGAACUGCUACAAGCAAGCAGCUGAGGCAGAUAG